AUGACUUCCCAUCUCAGAAAACCUGAACCCUCUGAACCAUCCUCAGAUGCUCUUGAAUUAAACAUCUUGGACGUUAAACCAACAGAGGAUUUGACUGCACAGUCAGGAGAGCUCUCUAAGCUUCCAAGUGCUCGGCUCCACUCACCUCCACAUGGCAAUGGCUCAUGUGCAAAGCAGGAGUUGCAGAGCCUCGGUGAGCAGUUUAACUCCUGGUUGCAGCCAGAAAAGCAUACCAAAGAGGAGAUGGUGUCUCAGCUGAUCAUGGAGCAGUUUGUUCUCACUGGACGCUGCAAGGACAGGUCUGCCUUGAGAGAGAAGUGGGAGUCAAGUGGCAGAAACAUGGAGACGUUCAUGGAGGACCUGACUGAUGACUGCUUGAAGCCUCCUGUCUGGGUGCAUGUCUUCAUGCAGGGAGAGGAAGCCCUCUUUCCUGAGCAUAUGCCCUUAAAAGAAGUCAUCAUGCAUUUGAAAGAACAGAGGUCAGCAAAAAUGUCAACAGAAGACCAUGCAAGGCCCUUCCAGCCUCCCGAAGAUGGUCCCUUGGAUAUGGGUCAUGAAGACGAAGAGCAAACUACUGAAAUGGAUGACAGACUACCAGGCCGAGGAAAUCAGAUAGAGUCCCUCAUCAUUAUCCAGGAGAACUCUGCUGAGCCUGAAGAGGGAGGUGUUUCUUAUGGAAACCCUCAAGAUGCCACAGUAGCAAGCCAAGGGACCUCUAGGUCCCAAGAAGUGUCCGUAAAGGAACCCUCUCAUGAAGAUGUCUCUAUGGAGGUACAACCAGGGUUUCCCUGCAGGCCAGAGCAGUCAACCUCUGGGCCUGAACCUAUGUACCAGAAUUAUAAUGGAAACUCCCCAGGUGAGAGGCAGAAAGCAAGAUCUCAUAGAUUUACGGAAACAUGCAAAUGUGAUCAAUGUCCCCAGACAUUUAGGUAUUUCUCUCAUCUUUUAACCCACAAGAAGAGGCAUAGGAACGAGAGGACAGUUUUCUGUGGGGAGUGUCACAAAGGUUUCUAUCAUCAGUCAGAACUCCGAGUUCAUCAAUUCGUUCACUCUGGGGAGAAGCCUUUUAAAUGCACCACGUGUGAAAAGUCCUUCAGCAACAAGACCAACCUGGUGGCUCACCAGAGGAUUCACACAGGAGAGAAGCCCUACAAGUGCUCCAUGUGCCAUGCCAGUUUCCGCCAAUCCUCCACGUACCAUCGGCACAUGAGGAAUUACCACAAGGGAGACUGA